CUCAUAACGCAAGUGAAGUCGUUUCAAGCUUUGAAACAAUUUAUUAAUUUUUGUACUUAGUUAUUGCAAGCCUAAUCUUAUCUUGAAUAAUGUCUAAGACAGCACAUGUAGUGGAUGGUGAAGCAUCAGAGUCCGAUUCCGAAAUCGAAAUUGGUAAAUCGCCCGACUUAACUCCGUCAUCCCAAGCGUGUGUCAUAUCAGGGGAAGCUCCGGAGUCUGACGAUGAAACGAAAGUACAAUCACCUAAUCAAAAUGAAAUUGAUGCUCCCCUACACACGUCUAUGUUUCAGUCCUCACCUACCAAGUUGAUAUACAACUCUUUGUUGCAUCAAAAGUUAUGGGAAUGCAAUGUUUCACUACGUGCCACCAUCGAAGGAUUGACCAAACACACGACCGACUUAUGCGUUGAAAAGCUGACCAGUUCUGAUAAAACUUUGCUGAAUGUACAGGAAUGUAUGAGAGCAACUAACGCGAACUUAACUCUAGCGAGAGCAAGAUUGAAGCAACUUCACACCGAAUUGGAAAAGGCGAACUGUUCAACCGCCUUACCGACUGUAAAGAUCAAAUAGCAAAAAAAUAAUUUUGUUUUGUAAUUAAUAUAAUGUAUUGUUAAAUAAAUUAAUUAUCGUUAA